AUGGAUACCAACACGACUGGAACCAAGCGCUCCUGGGAAGGUAUACCCCUCCGCAACGACGCCGCACAAUCAAAGCUACCCGCAGCAACAAUGACGGAAUCCACACCCAAUAUCCUCUCAAUGUUUGAGGGUUUCCGCGAUGAACUAGACCAGCAUCACGAUCGCCGUGAGCGAUUGAUUAAGAUAAGCCGUGACAUCACGGCUCUUAGCAAAAAGAUCAUAUUUUCCCUCCAACGUGUCCGAACCGCCAAUGCGCCAAUACCACCUAACACCCAAAAAGACACCCAAUCCCGUUUUACCCAAAUCAACGACCUCUUCCUCUCCGCCGUCCCCGAAAUCAAGGGCCUAAACAACUACCGCUACCUCCGGCAACUCAGCUCCGGAAUCCAGGAAUUUAUCGAAGCCCUCUCCUUCAAACACUAUCUUGAAACGCAAACCAUAAUCACGCGACAAGAAGUCGUGUCACAUUUGCCGCCCGAGAUUCCAGUUACGGGGGACGACUACGUGAUGGGAUUAUUCGAUCUGACAGGCGAGCUUAUGCGGUUCGCUGUUACAUCGCUUUCUGCAGGGAGUCAUACGGGUGAGGAGGAUGAGAACUCGACCGGUCAACGUCUCCCGAAAUUAUUCCCUGCGCAGGCCGGUGUCGUGCGUGACCUGCGCGAGAUUCGGGCCGAGUUCGAGGGUGUUAGUAUCCCGCGCCGGCACGAGUAUAACAUGCUCCGAGAGUUCGGGAAGAAAUCUGAAAUCAUGCGGAAUAGCGUAGAGAAGGUUGAGCGUGCGGCAUAUGGGAUUUUGGUGAGAGGUAGUGAGAGGCCGGCGGGGUGGAAGCCGGAUUUGUCUGGACCGGUUGAGGUGGAUGUUUAUUGA